AUGGAUUUUAAUGAGUAUGAAAAUAUAAUUGACAAUGUUGAGGUGAAUAGUCCCGAAAGACCAAAUACUGAAGAAAACUUUGCCAAUGAAGUUGAGUAUGAUGAUGUUGUGGGCGACAGCGACGACAGUAUGGGAAGUGAGAGGGCAUAUCCCCUGGAUAAAAAUAAGCUGAAAAAAUCUUCUAAUAUAUUUUACAAAGGAAAUGCCUUAAAAAUGGGUAAAGUUAGAAAGUAUAAAUAUGCUCUUAAAAAUAUCGGAAGCCUUUAUAUAGCAACUUGGACUCGGGAAGAAGGUGAAAAGGAUAAUAAUUUGUCAAUAUCGUCUUCAAACUUUAAGCGCGAAUACUCUAAGCGUAAAAUCAAACAUGCACUUGAACUUUGGUGUUUGCCAAGUAUGCUACUAGGUAACUUUAUGGAUAUAAUUCAGAAAGUAACAUACAAAGGCACCGACGGCGACCCCAGCAAAAACGAAGCCACAGCCGAUGACAAAAGUAAUAAGUUCAACUGGAUCAUUGUUCCUUCAAUUGCUACUCAGUGGUUAAAUUUCCUAACCUAUGUAAUCCUCUUGGUUGUUUACUUGGUGGAUUUGGCGGCUGGCAAAAAUAUGCAUCCGAACACAAACCCAAAACAGGAUCACAAGACUGCGACGACACUGAAGAAGCUAAAGCCAUUGUUCAUGCUUGGAUAUGGCACUUCUUUGAUAUACUUAUAG